AUGUGGUCGAUUGGCGGCUUUGUCAUUGUAUCCAUCACAGCCCUCGCCUGUGCUUCCCCCGACUAUAACUCGGCCUAUUUUGUAUUCUGCAAUUUUGUCAACACAACUGGAUGGCCGGAUGGUAUUGCCUGGUUACUGGGACUAUUGCAAGGGGGUCUCGGGGUAACUGCCUUUGAUGCAGUUGCCCAUAUGAUUGAGGAGGUCCCAAAUGCGUCGGUCGAAGGCCCCAAGGUUAUGGUUUAUUGUGUCGGCAUUGGAACGUUUACUGGCUCUAUCUUCCUAAUCGUCCUCUUGUUCGUCGCAGGGGAUAUGGAAAAAGUGGCCAGUUCCGCUGCUGGGCCUCUCCUUCAAAUCCUUAUUGAUACGACGAGGAACAAAGUAGGUGCCAUUUGCCUUCUAAUGCUUCCCCUCGUCUGCUUGAUCUUUGCCCUUCUCAGCGUCAUGACAACAAGCAGUCGAAUGAUGUUUGCAUUUGCAAGGCAUGUGGAUGGUGGCCUUCCUGCAUCUCGUUUCUUUGCCAGAGUUCACCCAACUCUAAAAUUACCCUUGAACGCCCUCAUAUUGACGGUGAUUGUGGUGAUAAUAUUCGGAUGUCUCUUUUUGGGCUCCACAAGUGUCUCCAAUGCCAUUAUUUCCGCGGCCGUUGUUGCCCUUGACUUGUCCUAUGCCAUGCCGAUUCUCGUGAACUGCCUACAAGGCCGAAAGGCUCUUCCAGAAAGACCGUGGAAACUGCCUAAUGCCGUUGGCUGGGCUGCUGAUAUGAUCUCGCUAUCAUACAUCGCCCUGACAACCGUCCUCUUCGUCUUCCCGCCGUCCUCGACCGUUACUGGGAGUAAUAUGAACUACUGCAUCGCUGCAUUCGCUAUUAUUCUCAUUAUCUCCGUGUUCCAGUGGAUUGUCGAUGGGCGGAAGAAUUACACUGGCCCACGUCUGGAGAUGACGCUUGAUGGUUUGGAGAAUAUAUCGACUGAGCCCGAGCAGUUCAAUACGCAUGAGAAUGAGCAUGAGAAGUGA